GCAGCAUACCGUAAUAUCCGACUGCGGAGAGUAAACGGGAUACGGUCCAAUACGUUUCCGCUACCAAUAUGUGCCACUCGAUGUGGGACUCGUUCAUCCGGCAUGGACACAGAAGAUGUUGCGAUCUCAACGUAAAACAUUCUCGCGCAAAAAAGUUUCGGGAAAAGUGCAAGUGAAAUGCGAAAUCUGAAGUGUGAUGUUAUCACAUCGUUAAACUAAAAGGAAGGAGUUUGCGAAAGUGCUAAGUAACACACUUAUUAUUUCGACGUUGAAAACAUCGACACUCUGUGCAUAUUAUGCUCAAAUAUUAGAUGAUAAAUCAAGAUGAUUAAAUAUUAGAUUAAAUCGUCAGAAAAUUAAUAGAUGGAAACAUUAAAAUCAUUGAUUCACGAUUUGUUCCCCACCCGCGGCAUCACCCUCUCUCCGAGGUAAUCCACGAGGUCAUCCGUCCGUCAGUGGAAACCGCUUUCCAAGUAGAGCCUGUUAACCUACUCGAGCUUCAGUACACUCACUGCCUUCGGUUCUUCGCGCUGUGCGAAGCAUAAGUGCGCUUUUGAUCUAUGUCAAAGAUCUCGUAGACGUAUUCGGUAACUUGGGUAACUAACUUUGGAUGCUGAUAGAUCAACUUUAUAAGCAAAAUCGUAGGUCCAGAGACUGAUCCGAGAAAAUGAAAGGAUGGUUUGAUGCCUUUCGUAAUGAUGGCGGCCCAACACUCUAUAGCUACAGCAAUCGCACUCCCGUUACAGGUGACGUUCCUCUCAUCAUCGUAUUCGUGGUAUUCGGUACCCUGUUCACAGCAUUCUUAGUUAUAUUCCCAGGUGUCAGAAAAGAGCGGUUAACUACAUUUCUCACGGUUACUCUGAGCCUCUUUGUGGGUGCAACAAUUCAAGUAGCGCAGUAUGGCUCAUCCUGGCAUACGAGUUCCGCUACCAUUAUUAGCUCUUAUAGCGCUUUCUCUAAGCAAAGAACGACGGCCGACAUCGGUGGUUACAUCGGUUUAAUGCAUAUUAAUAUAACGUACAAGUUAUUGCCAGGAAAUGGAGAAACUGGCGAUGUUGAAUAUAACGAACGAUUUUGGUGGCGGAGUUCCAGCGAAAUGACUAGUUCCUUCAAACAAGCUCUUUAUCAAGGCGCGCCAUUUCCCAUUGUGUCCUUGGCAGAAUACUUUAGUCUUCACCAAGAAGGUUUUUCUUGGGGCGCCAGAUAUCGCGAAGCCGGAUAUUACGCCUCGAUAAUGUUAUGGACUUCUUUCGCUUCAUGGAUGAUGAUGAAUUUAUUGCUUAUGGUAGUACCACGAUAUGGCGCUUACAGCAUGAUUUUUACGGGUUUUUGUAUGCUACUGACAAAUAUAAUUUACACGGCACUUUUACCAUGUGAGCCUUUGAUAGCUCAUGUAGAGGGAUCGAUCCUCUCUUUUGAUCUCGGUUGGAGUUAUUGGUUGGUGUUAUUGGCAGGUGCCGCGUGUUUACUGGCAGGAUUGAUAAUAGCAGCUAUUGACCUAAUCUUUCCACACCAAUUCUCGACUAUACUCGAAGUUGACUAUGACACACCAUAUGACAGACAUGUUAUUAUAGAGGAGAGUUUUGACACACGUAAUAUCAGGCGAAAAGUUUCGAAGACCGAAGAUUCGUUAGGCAAUCGAAUAAUGAGCCAAUUAUCGUCUAAACUUCAAAAUAGACAUGCUGCUAAAGAAGAUUUUGAGGGUGUCAUUAAUCAAGGGUAUACGUCGCAUGAGUUAUCUGAGUUUCCUCAAGAAAUUAGCGAUGAAGUUAAUAAAAGCAACUGGUCAUAUCCAUUUCCACCAGUUUCGCGUAGAACUAUUAAUGGCUAAUGCACAUUAUCGGAUAUCUAUAAUAUUUAUUGAAAUUAAAUAUCUAUAAUAUUUAUUGAAUAUCUGUAACUAAAUAUAAAUAUAUAUGUAUGUAUACAGGGCA